AUGUUUUAUCAACGGAAUAUUUACGCCAUAUGGGGUUUUAUGCUGGUAUUAAUCAUACGAACCUCUAAAACUCGAGCCAACAAUACCUACCAUUCCGUAGAGCAAAUACAAAAAAUGAAUUUAGAAAUUUUACAAGAAACAUUGUCGGAAGGCUGGAAUAGCUUUUGCAACGCCCCGGUCGAUGAAAGUGUCAUGUCACUUUUUAAUGGCGUUAAUCCCAGUGACGGUUUGAUUUACGUCAUGACAUUGAACAACCAAAGCAUUGAACUACCAAUUAAAUCACUCUCAGAACUUCGAGACUUCGAUAUCAAUCCCAUACGAAAGACACUCGUCUAUGUGAAUGGCUAUUACACACCCGAUAGUUUAUUCAGUGUGCAAUCUCACCUUAAACACCUCCAAACCACUAGACGUGAUUUGAAUGUGAUUAUUGUAGAUUUCGCGCAGGAUGUGAUGCAACUGUACUUCUCAGUUAAACAUCACGUUCACAUAUUGGCAACUUUCGUCACCAGAAUUCUGGCACUUCUCAUAACGAAUGGCAUUUCGCCCAGCACCAUUACGCUAGCAGGACAUUCUGUUGGUGCGAAUAUAGCGGCGCUGAGUGCUAAGUUGUAUGCUCAGAAGAAAAUAGACGGGAAAGAUUUGAAUCAAGUGAUUGCUAUUGAUCCAGCACUUAUGUGCAGUCCGAGGGAUAUACAUGUAAAUGCAAAUGCCUGUAAACGUGUUGUUGUCAUUCACGGCGAAGGUGAUGUGUUCGGCGUACGUGCAGCUAGCGGUACCAUUGAUAUUUACCCUAACGGCAUUGGUUUCUUUCCACGACGCAAAUAUCAACCUGGAUGUGAGACAAACAUUUGUAGUCAUAUGUACUCUUUUAUUCUCUUCAUGGAGGCACUAGUUGAAGGCGUUAUGAUUCCAGCAGUCAAGUGUGAUACUUGGGCACAGUUCCGUAGAAAAAAUUGUGAAUAUAACAACACACUGGCUAUCGGCAUAACUUAUCCACAGAAUGCUGCAGGCGUGUACUUCUGUGUAACGCAACCGAGUCCACCAUUUACUUUUAUGGAGCAUGGUCUUCGUUAUCGAAAAACAACUGCAAAUAAAAUAUAA